AUGACCGAAUUCCGGAUCCCACUUGAAUCACUCACCUCUAUCAGAGACAAAAUCGUCCUCAUAACAGGCAGCUCCUCCGGCAUCGGCAAAGCAACCGUAUCCCUAUGCCUCUCUCUCGGCGCUCGAGUAAUAGCAGGCGAUAUCAACCCCCCACCGGACGAGUUUCUGCAACAGCACGGCGGAGCAGAGAGGGUCUCAUCAUCACUUUUCUUCGAGAAAACAAAUGUCGCAGACUGGGCGAGUAUACGGAAUCUGUUCGUCAAGGGCGUUGAGCGGUUCGGGGGUAUAGAUCAUGUCUUUGCGAAUGCGGGGAUAGGACCGAGGAGUAACUUUCUCGAGGAGACGUUUGAGGAUGAUGGUGCGGGUGAGCUUCUUGCGCCGCCGAACUUGCAAGUUCUGGAUGUGAAUCUUAUCGGGGUGAUUUAUACGGUUCGGCUGGGUGUUUAUUAUUUGCGUCAGUCGGGCAAGGAUGUUAACAAUGAUGGGAGUGUGGGAGGCCAGAGGUCACCUGGUAUAACAGUUACAGCAUCGGCGUCUUCAUUCCAAGAUUUUGGCGCGGCAGAUUAUACAGUUGCGAAGCACGGUGUUCUUGGUAUUCUUCGUGGUCUUUAUGCAGAUUUGAUGUAUGUGGAUUCUUCGAAGCCUGAGAGGACGAGGGUCCGGUUGAAUGCGAUUUCGCCUUCAUGGACGGCCACCGGGGUUGUUCCGCGUGAUGUGCUUACGAGUAUGGGCGUUGGGGUUCAGGAGCCUGAAGUUGUUGCGAGAAGCGUGGUGAUGCUGUUUACUGAUUCGGCACGGCAUGGGGAAGUUAUAUACAGUUGGGAAGGGAGGUAUUGUGAGAUUAACCGGUGCGAAGGGGGUCUGCUUGACGGAGUGUCUAGGAUUCUGCCGAGUGUGAUGGACGAAGGGCCUGUUAUGGAGAAAUUAAAGGGGAGGUAG